AUGGCCGCGCUCCAGGCGACUAGUUUGGCAAAGGCGGGCAACCGCUACGCCCCAGGCGGCGGGACUUCGGCAUCAUCAUAUUUCGGAGGUUUAUCGACGCAUCAGUUGCCGCGGACAGAUUCUUCCUCUAGUGCUCCUGAGCUCAACAAUUUCCCUCCGCCCAUAUCCGCACAACAACAAGGCGCGCAGGGUCCGUCCUUGCACACUAACAACAUGAACCCCGCUGCAAUGCAGCAGCAACAGCAACGGAAGAAACAGUUCCUCGUCGGUCUCGGAAACGUCAUGUUACAGCGCGGUGUACCACUCCCGCCUCAGCUCACGGGACUGCCAUAUCCACCGGGUUACGACCCAUCUACCUCACCGUGGCGCUCGCUCGAAGUAUCCAAUGCGGACCUCGGUGUAUUUAGACUCGCGGGUAAGGACAUCGACAUAUUCAGGCUGUGGGCACUAGUGCUGUCGUCGGGGGGUUCUAUGAAGCUCAGCCAACAAGGACUAUGGGGACAGCUCCUACAACAUCUCGACCUACCAGAUCAGCACAUGUCAACGAACGGACAACCGCAGUCCACAGCGAACACGCUGCAGCACUACUACAUGCAAUUGCUCGGACCCUUCGAGGAGGCAUACCGGAAAAACCAGAUGCGCGACCAGCAGCGAAUGCAAGGCCGCGCCCAACCAGGUUUCCCUAUGCCUGUCGCUGCUCAAGCGCGGCCACCCUCUAUGGGCGGAAUGCCUGGAACGUUUCCACCGGUGGGCACUCUACCGGCUAUGGGUGGUGUCAAUGGCUUAGACGUGAUGGGUCAGCCUAUGGGCGGCGGCAACUUACAGGUACCUGACCUCCCCGCUAGUGGUUUGAAUAUGCCAUUUGCGACUGGCCAGGUCCAGAGCCCACAACGGCAUGGCUCGCAGCCUCCAAUACCUAAUGGUCUCAAUCCCAUGACUGCGACCGCAUCUAUGUCGGACCUUAAUGGCGCUGGCUCGGUGGACUUGGAUAUGGAAGGACGGAAACGCAAGAUCGAGGAGACAGACGAAGGAAAGCGAGCUAGACAGAAAAUCGGCGAAGCUGCCAAUGUACAAACUGGUUCCGUCACGACACGAACUAUCAGACAGCCCUCGAGACGAAAGAUCGAAUAUGUUCCCCUCGCACGGGAAGUCGAUAGUGCUGGCGGACGCGACUUGGACGCUAUUCAACAGGAAUACCUGCAUGUUGCGCAGCGGCCUAUCAAAGACCUGAAUGACUGGGGAACUGUGGAUAUUGAAGCCCUGACAUUGUCGCUACGCUCACGAUUGUCGCACGAGCUGUCUUACGCGUUGGCCACUAUGACUGUCCUAACGCUCGUGCCUUACAAGCAGUACUCCGGCUUUCCUAUCUCCCAGACCCCAGACCUAUUUGAGGAGCUCCUCGAUGUCCUUGAGGAGACCGCAUUCUCCGAACCGGAGGAGGACAUGCCACGCAACGCACCGUACAAGCCGAUCGUUACCCACCGACAUCUCAUCAAGGGGCUAAUUGAGGAGGGCACGGAUCCAUUCGCCAGCCUGAAACCUAAGCAGGGUUUCAAGGAUGCGAAAGUAGGACCAGGCCAGCGACCAGGAGACAUUGUCAUUGCCAUAACCAACAUCAUUCGUAAUCUCGCUAUACACCACGAGAUAAAUGCCGAACCUAUUGCUAAACACCAUCGGCUCCUGAGCUUACUUCUCCGGUUGUGCAGCCUGAAGCCUACGAGCAGCGACUCGGUACCGACUCCUCUGUCGCCUGUUCUCACCACGAACGAUCUCGUGACGAUACGACGAGACGUCGUCAACGUUCUCCUCCACAUAGGCUUCGCGGUCCGCUUUUCGACUUCGAACCUCCGAGAUGCACGGAGGGCCAUCGAGCUUUGUGCGUCUUAUCUUGUCGACCCAGUCGAUGCCAUCCCCCCUUGGCCUUUGCUCUUCUCUCAAGGCCUGCCAGCAAACCUGCACCCCCCGAAACCGCCAACGAUCAUCGAUACUGCCCUUGAGACGUUCACACGUCUGAGCCAUCCUGAUGACAAUCGCCAGGUGCUCUUCGCUGCGAUUCCGGAGAGCUGGUUCUGGGAGCUGCUCGAGUCGCUGGUGCACCGGCUACCAAUCGAGAACAACGAUUUCACCGUUAUCCAGCGUGGAGACUGGCUCGCCUACCUCGAACGCGUCAUGAUGGCGAUCUACUCGAUCGCGUUCCUUGCGUCGCCUGCGCUCAAACAGCGGGUCAAGACCAACCGUCAACUCGCGUUCACCAAGGUCAUGCUCCGCGUUAUCAAAAAAUUCACGAUUUACGCGACGCCGGAGACGCGUGUGCACUUUGCGGUCGCUGUCCGUAGGGCAGUUGAGGCACUGAAGCUCGUGGACGAGGCAGGCGACUCAUUCGACGUCACGCCGUCGGCGAUGCCCACACUAACGUUCGGCAUGGGGUAUGGUGAGCACGGGGAGUCGCGUGUGGAGAAGGGCAUGGGCCUUCUGAGUGGAUACCAGGAAGAGAUAACAUGGGGGUUAAUGAUGCAGAGAGAGGUGGACGAUCUGUUGUUCUCGGAGCUCUCUAGUCUUGUCAGAGUGCAACCGGAGUGA